GCAUCCGGUAUUUCGUGUUGCGUCCAAAGAGGUCCUUCCUUCCGGUGCCCGUCCACGCUCUGAACAGCUGAUGUGGUGCUUCUCCCUGUCAAACAGUCGCGAAGUAUUUUCUCCAAAAUAUCCAAGAACAUAACUCGACAUGACUAAAGAAGAAGUCCAAGGGGCGACGGAGGAGGAGCAGCAGGCUCAGUCAAAGAAAGGCCUGAAGAAACAGCAGAAGGAAGCGGAGAAAGCUGCAAAGAAGGCUGAGAAACAAGCCAAGCUGGCUGCCGAACAACAAAGCACAGAGGAAGAUGACUUCGCCAAGGACAGAUACGGCGUGUCGGCUAUGGUUCAGUCCCAACAAAAACUGGACAGGGCACUGGUGAGAGUCCAAGACCUCACCCCUGAGAAAGCUGACCAGCUGAUCUGGCUGCGCGCCCGAGUCCACACCAGCCGAGCCAAAGGGAAGCAAUGCUUCUUGGUCCUGCGUCAGCAGCAGUUCAACGUGCAGGCUCUGGUCGCGGUGGGAGAUCGUGCCAGCAAGCAGAUGGUCAAGUUUGCCGCGAACAUCACCAAGGAGAGCAUCGUGGACGUGGAGGCGUCCGUGAGGAAAGUGGAGCAGAGGAUCGAGAGCUGUUCCCAGCAGGACGUGGAGCUCCACAUCGAGAGGAUUUUUGUCAUCAGCCCGGCAGAGCCCCGCCUCCCGCUGCAGCUGGAGGACGCCGUCAGGCCUGAUGGAGAGGGGGAAGAGGAAGGCAGAGCCACAGUCAACCAGGACACCAAGCUGGACAACAGGGUGAUUGACCUCAGGACGACCACCAGCCAGGCCAUCUUCCGCCUGCAGUCCGGAGUGUGCCAGCUCUUCAGGGACACCCUCUCCAAAAAGGGCUUCGUGGAGAUCCAGACCCCGAAAAUAAUAUCAGCUGCCAGCGAAGGUGGGGCGAACGUCUUCACCGUGUCUUACUUUAAGACCAGCGCCUACCUGGCCCAGUCCCCGCAGCUCUACAAGCAGAUGUGCAUCUGCGCUGACUUUGACAAGGUCUUCUGUGUGGGUCCAGUUUUCAGGGCAGAGGACUCCAACACCCACCGUCACCUGACUGAGUUCGUGGGUCUGGAUAUUGAGAUGGCUUUUAACUACCAUUACCACGAAGUGAUUGACUCCAUCACUGACACCAUGGUGCAGAUCUUCAAGGGCCUGAGAGACAACUUCCAGACAGAGAUCCAGACGGUGAACAAGCAGUUCCCCAGCGAGCCUUUCAAAUUCCUGGAGCCCACUCUGAGGCUGGAGUACACCGAGGCCUUGGCCAUGCUGCGCGAGGCCGGGGUGGAGAUGGGCGACGAGGACGACCUCAGCACACCCAAUGAGAAGCUGCUUGGCCGCCUUGUCAAGGAAAAGUAUGACACUGACUUCUAUGUGCUGGAUAAGUACCCACUGGCUGUUAGGCCCUUUUACACGAUGCCUGACCCAAACAACCCUAAAUACUCCAACUCUUAUGACAUGUUCAUGAGGGGCGAGGAGAUCCUGUCUGGAGCUCAGAGAAUCCACGACGCUCAGAUGCUGACUGAAAGGGCCGCCCAUCACCAGAUAGAUCUGGAGAAGAUCAAGGCAUACAUUGACUCCUUCCGCUACGGCGCUCCCCCACAUGGUGGCGGAGGCAUUGGCUUGGAGAGAGUGUGCAUGCUGUACCUGGGUCUCCACAACGUGCGUCAGACAUCCAUGUUCCCACGUGACCCUAAACGCCUCACGCCUUGAGCACUCCACCGUGCUAAUGAACCCAGUCACCACUGGAUUACACACAAAUGUCGGUGAUAGGGAACAAUGCUAAUCAACAGGCGAGAGUAUAAGAGCUAGUGCCACCGUAUGACUUUAACGUGCCACUAUAAUAAACCAUCCAGAAGGAAGAAUAAAGCAGUAGUAACAGUCAGGUGUACUUUAUUGAUUGAUGUGCAUAGUUUUGUAACAAGAACAAAUAACUGGUACAUUGAAGAGACAUUUCAGUAACUUGCUGGAAAGCUGCACACACUUUACACAUCUUUUCAUCAAUGACUCAGUGUUUGUCUAAGUAUCUCUUUUUUCUUACUAUGGAGAGGUUAGAAAAAAACCUUAAUAACACAGAUCUCAGUCCCUCCUACUACCAGCACAGACGUUGGACUAAUGAUCGUGGUGUCCAGCCGUAUGCCUGUAACUGCAGGUGUUUUGUAAGUAAUAAAUAGAAUUAAACACUGAUAAUAAAAGAAGAACUUAACCUGGAA